AUGGCUGACGCGAUCAUCUCCAUGCUACUGGAUCGGCUGGCUUCAACAGUUUACGAGUACGUUGACGGAGAGGUGAAACUUGUUUUGAACGCUAAGAAAGACGUUGAAGACUUUGCUGGCAAUCUCAGAGCUAUUCAAGCCGUUCUCGAAGAUGCGGAGCAAAGGCAAGUCAAGGAGGCCAGCAUGAGGAUCUGGUUGGAUCAGCUCAAAAACAUAUCGUUCCAGAUGGUGGACGUGCUGGACGAGUGGAACACUAACAUGCUGAGACAACAGGUUGAGAAGCAAGAACGAGAAGGUGAAAAUGCUCCUGUUCCUGAGAAGAAGAGAAGAAAAAGAAAUAAGUAUGGGUUUCAACACAUAGAAAGAGGCAUUCAAGAAUUACCUGAACGGCAGAAGACUUCGUCUUUUGUCGUCGUGUCGGAGGUAUUUGGUCGAGAAAAGGAAAAAGACAAUCUGAUAACAAAGUUGUUGAGUGAUGGUGGAGAAGAUCGGAGGGGGCUCCUUAUCAUCCCUAUUCUAGGGAUGGGAGGAGCGGGAAAAACAACUCUAGCCCAACUUGUUUAUAAUGAUGACAAGGUUAAAGCCUAUUUUGAAAAAAGAGUGUGGGUUUGUGUCUCAGAUCCUUUUGAUGAGAUUAAGAUUGCCAAAGCUAUAUGCGGUGAUAAUGCCCCAAACUCAAAUGAGUUAGAUCAAGUCUUGCAACAUAUGUCAUCAUCCAUCGAGGGCAAAAGGUUUCUCCUUGUCCUAGAUGAUGUGUGGACCCACGACCGUGAAAAGUGGGAAAAAUUAAGGGCAUCACUAAUUCAAAGUGGUGCUCAUGGCAAGAGAAUAUUGGUGACCACAAGACAACACGAUGUUGUUGAUAUGAUGAGAGCACGAAGCGACAUGAUCAAUUUGGAAGAGUUGAGCGAAGAAUAUUGUUUAUCAAUCUUCAACCACAUGGCGUUUGUUGAUGUAGAAGUAGAAGAGUCCAAGGUGUUUGAAGAUAUUAGUAAGGAUAUUGUGAAGAAAUGCAAGUGUUUACCUCUCGCUGCAAAGGCUUUAGGUGGUCUCAUGUAUAAUAAGAAAACAAGGAGGGAAUGGCUAGAUGUCUUGAAUAGUAAAAUAUGGGAUCAAGAAGAGGUGGAGCAAGAAGUUUUUCAACCACUUUUUAUAAGUUAUUAUGAUUUGGCCUCAGCAAUCAAAUGUUGUCUUUUGUAUUGUGCUUGUUUUCCUAAAAAUUAUAAGUGUAAGAGGCAUGAGUUGAUUAAUCUUUGGAUGGCACAAGAUUAUCUUAAUUCAAAAGGAAAUAAAGAUGAGGGAGAAGUUGGUCAACAUUUUUUGAUAACUUAGUAGCACGGUCUUUUUUUCAAGAUUUGGAGAAGGAUAGUGUUAGUGGUAAAAUUAUAGGUUGCAAAAUGCAUGAUAUUGUUCAUGACUUUGUGCAAUCUCUCACCAAGAACGAAAUGUUUGAUCACCGACGUUGAGGAUGUUGACAGUGAAAUAGAGGCUUUGGGUGAAAAGGUUCGCCAUUUGACCGUAAGACUGAAACCUGGUGAGCCACUCCCACCUUCGAAUGCAUAUUACAAUUGCAAAAAUCUACGUUCACUCACAAAAAUCUCAUAUUCGAGGUUUGAUACAUCUAUUGCUAUGAUAGACUCAAACUUUAUUCUACAAUUGAAAUAUCUUAGGACAUUAAAUUUGAGUUACAGUAGCAUAAGUGAAGUCCCUAAGGAAAUUUGUGAAUUGAUACAUUUGAGGCACAUUGAUUUGUCAUGGAAUCAUGGUUUUAAGAGAUUGCCGGACAGUAUCUGUGAGUUGUACAAUUUGUAUACCAUGCGCCUCCUUAGUUGCUGGUCACUUGAAAAACUACCUGAUAACAUGGGAAAGUUGAUUAGCUUAAAGUACCUUGAUGUUUUGGGCUGUCAUAAGCUGGAGUACUUGCCAAAAGGGAUUCGGAGAUUAAAAAAAAGUUUGAAAACAGUAGAUGGGUUUGUUGUGGUUUAUGGUGAGGAUGAGGACAGAGCAUUACAACUGGCAGAUCUGAGAGUCUUUAGCCUCCAGGGUAGACUCACCAUAAAAUUGAAGGGGAAUGUGAAAGAUGAGAGGGAGCUUGAGAAGGCGCAGUUGUGGGACUUGAAGCAAUUAUUUCAUCUUGGAAUUGAUUCUAAGGAUGUCUUGUACAAGCAGAUGAGAAGCACAAUCGAAAUACUGAAUGCUUUACGACCGCAUGAAAAUCUGGAAUCCAUAUGCAUUUCCUAUCAUUCAGGCGCCACCUGCCCCAGUUGGAUGAUGUCUUUGCACAACUUAAGAAUCAUUAGUCUAUCUAGAUGGAGUGAAUGCAAGUUUUUGCCUCCUCUUGGGAAAUUGCCCCACCUUGAAAAGCUGACUAUGUAUGGUAUGGAGAAGGUGGAAAAGAUUGGUGGUGAAUUUUUGGGAAUAGUUGACUCAGAUGAAACGUCGUUGACAUCAUCAUCAUCAUCCACCUCAUUUUUUCCAAAGUUGAAAGAAUUCGAAAUUUGUUUCAUGUCAACGUUGGAGGAGUGGGAAGUAGGCGUGGAAGGGUGGAACAAAGAGGAUUCUGAAAUUUCAAUCAUGCCAUGUCUUUCCUCUUUAGAAAUUAGUUACUGUAAAGGCAUAAAAACACUGCCAGACUUCCUCUGCAAAACACCACUGCAGGAUCUUAUCAUUAAGGCUUGUCCCAUGCUUUCAAAGCAAUGUGAACAAAGCAGUGGAGAGGAGUGGCCCGAGAUUUCUCACAUCCCAAACAUCAAAAUCUCAACAUACUGGUAGUUGAGCUCUAUCUAUCUUAUUUACACAUGUAUGUAAGCUAUCAUCAUAUUUGUUUAAUUUUCUUAUUUUUCUUCUUCAAAGGUAUCAGUAAUGUGGAUCAACUGGAGACUCGCGAGCUAAGCAUAAAUAUUAAUCUUCUUUUAAAAGAAAAUAGUUAGACUUGAGCAGAGGCGAGCCAAAUAAAGAGCGUCAGUUGAGGUCACCUUCAGGUUUCUCAUGAGGGAUUCUGUAGAACCUAAAAGCGUGAUGUGGACCAUCAACAUACCACUACCGAAGCUUCCCAACAAGUUUUGAUUGUCUUCACCUAAGCAAUACAGCAAAUGUUGAAAAAAUCGAAUUACCAGCCAUGGCUUUAGGCAAGGAGGAUGAAAGUGCUUGCAGGGAAACUCCUGCAUUUUGUCAUUGACAACCAAGUUUUCGUUACAAAUGCAGCAAUCUGCGUCCUCUCCGAGCUUCUUCAACACUUCCUCCGUGAUCAUGAUCACCGGAAGAUUGGCCACCACCUGUUUGCUCGCAGGCGGGACCCUCGGAGAGCCUCACGUCAAACAAAUAUCCUAAAAAACCAAAAAUUCAAUUUCUUUUCGUCUUUGAAUUUGACUUCCAUUUUCAGAUUCGGGUUAAAUCGGUUUGUAUGGUUUCGGAUUUUUCUUAUAUUUUGUGGAGUUUGGGUUGGCGAGGAGGUCACCGUUGGGAGACGAAGGUGGGCAUGGGAUCGUCUGAGCGCCGUCUCAGAUUCCAACUGUCUUUCCGGACACCUUUAUCAACGUCGUUUGUUUUUCAUGUGGUUACUUGCCUGUGUUGCCCGGCGGGUAGGAUAAGUGGAGGGGUUGGUUUCAUGUAAUUCAAUACACUCAAAUAUUAAUGUGAAGCAUAAGAUUACCAACAAGUUAGGA